AUGUCCAACCAGUUCUCCAUCCCGACACGCCAACAAUCCAACUCGAGCCUCCACUCGCACCACUCGCUCCCCUACUCGCACCAACGGCACAACCUCCACCAUCAGCAUCAUGCCUCGCACUCGAAGUCGCACUCGUCGCACAUGCACGGGCCUGUCCCCACCAAGUCUAUCCAAAUAGACACCAGUGCAAGCAUCGAUACCGCACGCGAGAGCGCCAUCGUUGACAGGUCUCGCGCUGGUGACCGAUUUCUUGACCAUGACCGUCGAAUGUCGGCGAGCGUACCUCCGUCCGUGCCCUCGUCCGCUUCCGCGUCCAAGAACAGCAGUUUCAUCGGUACUCCAACCCGGCUUCUCUCCAGACGCAGCUCGACACGUGAAGGUCAUCCCAUCAUGGGGCAAGCCGAGCUCAAGGGCAGGGGGAGAGAAGAGGGCGUCCAUUCCGAAGGUGGAUCCCCAGAGGAGGAGGUCAUCGAGACGGCAGAGCUGCGCCUCGACCGUGACCCUGGCACUGGCCGUAAGAUGGUCAACCAGUACCUUGUUCUCCACGAGAUCGGCCACGGGACGCACGGCCGUGUCCGCCUAGGACGCGACAUGUCGGUCGACGUCCCACCAGACGAGCUCGAGGUGGACCUUGCCACAGGGAGCGGCCCGUUCUACGCCAUCAAGAUCGUCCAGCGCAAUUCCAAGAUUAAGCGCCUGGCUGGUCUGAGGCAGCAGAAACGCAAUGGCAGUCCUGGCACAGCUAAGCUUGUCGCUGAGAACGAGAUCCGGAAGGAGAUCGCAAUCGCCAAAAAGCUCCAUCACCCCAACGUCGUGCGCAUGAAGGAGAUCAUCGACGACCCAGAGUCGAGCAAGCUCUACAUGAUCUUCGAGUACUGCGAUGGCGGCGAGGUGGAGUGGAAGGCCGCUGGUGGCGGACCAGCCCUCACACUGGCACAAACGCGACGGAUUUUCCGCGACACGCUCCUAGGUCUCGAGUACCUCCAUCACCAGGGCAUCAUCCACCGCGACAUUAAGCCCAGCAACCUGCUCAAGUCGGGGGACAAGUACAAGAUCUCUGACUUUGGUUGCUCGCACUUCUCCGAGGCUCUUUUGUCGGCCUCAGCUACCGGCGGCGAGGAGCAGUACGUUGACGACAUCGAGCUCGCCAAGACUGCUGGGAGUCCCGCGUUCUUUGCGCCCGAGAUGUGUUACAGCGACAUCCCGGAAGAAGAUGCCAAGGCAGUACCGACGUUCAAGGUCAGGCCGCCAUCCGCAACGGACAACGAUCUCCGGCGCCCGGGUUCGUUUACAGUUCUGAGCAGGGACAGGGAGCAUUCUCCGCAGCCGCAGACACAGCGAACCUUCUCUUCCGCUUCUGCUGCUUCCACCCGCAAACCGCGACUACCCAUUACGAACGCCAUUGACGUGUGGGCGCUCGGCGUCACACUCUACUGUCUCCUCUUUAGCAAGACGCCCUUUGACGCUGCCAACGAGUAUCUUCUCAUGCAGGAGAUUCCGACUGCCAAGUACGUGAUUCCUGCAACACUCAGCCGCGAAGGUCUGCCUACGGACGGCUCCAACGCCGAAGCCAGCGAAGUUUUGGAUCUCCUCAGCCGGUUGCUGGAGAAGGACGCGACAAAACGAAUAUCGGUGGACGGGGCAAAGCAUCACGCGUUUACUCUGCGGGGCCUGCCAGACCCACAGGCAUGGCUCGCCUCCACUGAUCCUCAUGCCGAAUCGUUCGUGACUGUGACAAACGAGGAGGUUGCGGCAGCUGUCACGCGCGGGGGAAGCAUCCGUGAAAAGUUCCGCCGCGGCUUCAACAGCAUCUCACGAAGGCUCGGCUUUGGGCGGCACCGCAGCCACAGCAUAACGGACACGAGUGAUGCCAACGGCGAGCACUCGGGUGGAUCUGCCUCUGGCACUGACACGGGGACACGCCGAGUCGCGUCCGAUAACGGUGCCGUCCCCACCCAGAGCAAUCUCGCUAGACGCCUAUCGAUGCUGUCACGGGAUCGUAGCCGGGCCGAGUCGCCGAGGCCUGGACUGCUUGCAGCUCACCUCCAGCGAGAGCGCAAUACGAGUCCUUCGACGCCCGUCCACCACGAGGAAUCACAUCUCCGACUACCAGCGAACAGCGAGGUGGCUACCCCACGUCUCCUGCCCUCGGCCACUUCGCUGGACAAGUUCCGCAGUGACUCGUUCCGCACCGACUCGCCCACGCGCCCGCUGCCGCGGAGACAGUCGUCUGACGUCACGGGCGACCUGCGCCCGCGUACUGGCUCCAACGCGUCGUCGUCUGCCGGCUCGGUCCUAGCCCUAGGACGGAGCAUCUUCCGUGGCGAGAGCAUGAGUAAACGCGGGUCCCAACGCAGCGUCAACGCCCUGCGCGACCGUGGCUACACCCAAUCGUCCGAGGAAACGGACAACAACGUGUUUGUGGGAUCGUUUGCAUCUUCAAACGGCGCAUUUCCGCGCGCACCGUCGUCCGAAUUCCUGCGUGGCCGCAGCUUUGACGAACUAGGCAGGCGCCAGAGUACCGACACGUUAGAGCCGUCGUCGCCUUCGAGCCACAGCCACAGCGCGUUCGGGCACAUGAGCCCCGAGCGCGUCGCAUGGCCGUCCUCCUUCCGCGGUGGGUCGGACAGAGGAGGCAUGCCUGGGCGCCGCGGCUCGACACUCAGCGAGGACAUCCGCCCUGUCAUGGAGGACGAGGAGGUCGACUGGGACGGCGGCAUCCCCGAUUCUGACGACGAGUGCUCCUCGGAUGGUACAGACGGCCUGCCCAUGGGCCAUGGCAUCACGUCUGCGCCCGUUGACUGGAAUCUGAGCGAGUGCAUCGACGCUCUGGAGCGUCGUGAACGCUUGAGACACUUGCCGCCAGUACGCUCGCCAGCCCGCACGCUCCUCCGUCCCUCGGCCGGGAUAGACUUCUCGACGCUCCGCACCGGCAGCCCUCACAGCAGCCCGCACCGCGCCCCGCCGUCCUCUUACUCGCACCUCUCGUCGAGUGUUCGCGCCCGCUCUCCACUCACGCCACACGACCCCCUCGGCGGCAUCGCGACCGCCCCGCACCACGCGCACACGACCGGCGCCAACACGCCGAUCGCGUUACCCUCGACGCCCGAGGCGUUUGCAGACGCGCCAGACGACGACGACGGGAUUGUCAUAGCGUCACGCGGGCGCCGCGGGUCGGCGCUCAGCCGCGGUAAUAGCCUCGCACGCCGGCCUGGCGUCGCGACACCCACGCCUAUGCACCCGACCGCGAGCGCUGUUGCCCAGCGCCUCGCGUCAUAG